CCGGAAGAACCAAGCACAUGAAUUUUUCUACUUUCACAGAAAAGCUUACUUGUUUGAACUUAGGGAGAAAACAAAAUUAGAUAUUAUACAGAAUCCCAGACUGAUGAAACAAUCACCUCAAGUUUCCAUAUCUUUUAUCUUUGAAAGAAAAAUUCUUUGCUCCUCUUUGGAAACAUACUUAACAUUGUAAGACGCCAAUGCUUUCAGAAUUAUCUCUGAAUUGAAGUUUAAUCUCCUGGAUGCUUCUGACUGAAACACAGGUGAAGCUGAACGUUGAAGUGACAAGAUGCAGUCAGUUUGGAAUCCACAUUUUCCGGAAGGUAAACCCCAAAACAGUCUUGCAGCAAAAGGAUUCCGUAGUGUCAGACCAAAAUUCCUUACACCGAGCAGAAAAUCACCAGUGCAGCCUUCAAUCAACAAUGGGAUGGUGGAGAUCAGAAAAAACAACCAAAAUGCAAGGUCAAAAGAGGCUUGCUUUUCAGCAAUAUCUCAAUCCAACAUCCCAUGUGGUACUGAAACAGAAGAUCUACCUUCUGCUUUUGGUCCUAAUCUCAAUGUGCCAUGCAUUUCGGAAAGUGAAAGCCAACCUACUUCAGUCAGCCCAUCAUGCAAGGUCCUCCGUAACACAAACAUAGACAACUCUGCAUCUUCAGCUGAUCAUAGGCAACUAGGUGGCACCAAGACAGAAGGACUGCAGAUCACAGAGAUCGAUUCGCUUGGUAUCGAUGUAGAUUCAGUCUACAAAAACAACCUGCGAACAGUUAGUGAAAAGAUGAACAUCAGGUCAUCUUCUAAUGCUCUGUUGACUUCAGAGAAGAAAAGAUCACCACCUUUAAUAGCAAAAAAAGUUUUAGUUGAAGAUGAACCAAAGACUUGGUAUAAAUCAAUGUUUAAAGAUGAUUACAAUGCACUGAGAGCAGAUAAAUCUGGGGUAUCUCCUAUAGUUGAUGCCAGGAAGAAGACAUGGGAGCCCAAUUCAUCUUUCAGUUCUACCACAGGCUAUCCAUCAAGAUCUCAACUAACUGGACCACUGCCCUAUAAUUCAUCAACAAGGAAUAACUGCACAAUUAAACAGGCACUUUCAUCAGAACCACUCAGCAGUUCUAAUGGUGAAAAGCAACAUUGUAACCCUCAAUCACAAUAUCUACCUUCCAGCAGUCCUAAUAGCGAAAAUGUUCAAAAUUAUUCCAUCCCUUUCUCAGACAACCUUCAUGAUUCCUGGGAUUGGAAUUUGAAAAACUAUGCAACCCCUGCAAGCGAUUAUCCGGCUACAAAAUCUACAGAAGUACCCUGCAAUCUUUUGGCAGCAAAAGAACUUCAUUCACUCUGUUCUACUGAAGCUACUGCUGAAGAGUGCAAUCGGUCACACCCAAAUACAAAAGUUGAUACCUGUGGCUAUCACGUUGAACCAAAAAGUGUAUUUGAUUACAAGCCUGGAAAGUCAUCCAUUUUAGAUCAUGACCAUUCAAGACCAAGACACAGCAACACUUCAGGAGCUGCAUUUCUCAGUAAAUCUAGAUCACUCCCGAUGUUGGCAGAAUCAGCUGGUCAGCUGACUAUCAAUGAAACCAGGCAAUGCAAUGGUUCAGACAUAGAUCUACCUCAGCUGAAGUUCAUGGAAAUCCAACGCUAUUCAUCUGCUGAUCAAAUCUCCAUAAACAGUGAAAAUGGAGAACUGCCCCUGGCUGAUGCACCCAAACCUUCAGAUCAGCAUUUUCAGUCCCAAAAGCCAAAGGUGCCAGAGGAGACACGUGAUCAAAGACAGCAACUAAAAAUGGAAUUGACUGUAAGAGCGAAGUAUGAUUUCCAUGGUCAAACGUCAAAAGAAUUGCCUGUCAGAAAGGGAGACAUCAUCUUCAUCCACAGACAGAAGGAUCACAACUGGUAUGAAGGGCAAUGUAAUGGAAAGAGUGGCUUAAUCCCAAUUUGCUACGUAGAGUCUGCUUCUGACCCACAGAGAGAUGAACAAAAAGCACUUGAUGAAAUUGCCAUUGCUAGAUUCAGAUUUGCUGCCUUGACUAACAUAGAACUGCCAUUGGAAAAGAACCAGUCAGUCGUCCUGCUCAGGAGAAUAGAUGAGAACUGGUAUGAAGGAAAAUAUCCAGGGACAAAUCGGAAAGGGAUAUUUCCUGUCACAUAUGUUGAAGUCAUUGGUAAAUCAACCGAUGUGCCUGUCUUCCACCAACAUCUUCCAACAUCUGAGAAUGAUUUGAAAAUAAAAAUGACUUCCCAGAGGCCUUUUCAACAGCUUCAGCAAAGGAGCAUGAAUAAUGAGAACAUUCAGUCUGGUGAAGAAAUAUAUUUGGCAUUAUAUUCAUUUUCUCCCAACAAGGAAGAUGAACUGGAGGUCAAACAAGGAGACAUCAUUAACGUUGUGAAGAAAUGUGGUGAUGGUUGGUACUUCGGUACAUCCAGAAGAACCAAGAAGUUUGGCACUUUCCCAGGAAAUUAUGUGGAAAAAUUGUGUUUAUGACCAACAGAAUUGAUUCUCCAAUUCAACCAAGAUAGUACCCUGGGUGAACUCCGAGCCUGAAUGGGUCAGGAAAUGCACUGAAAUGAACAUUCUGUAGGCAAAGUGAAGUCCCAGUGGUAGAUUCAUUUGGCCCAGAAUUAACUGGAAGAUUUUGGUUGAUGCAUAUGUUUUUCUUUAAAGAAGUUUAGGUCCAUUUGAUUUAUGCUGUUCCUUAUCUCAAGUCAUGGCAAUAUGAAAGCUUCCAUGUUACAUUCACUGCAAUAUCACUUCACUCAUUAACGCCUGUGCAAAACAUCAGGAAACAGGAAUUGUUACAUUUUCCCAAGUUCUCCAGACAUAAGCUUAGAUGCAAAAUUUUGGGAACAGCAGGAACUGAAAUCAUUCCUUGCAAUGAUUGAUUGUAAUUCUUUAACAAUUUAUUUUUAAAAGUUUUUAAAAGUUUUAAAAGUUAUUCCUUCUUAUUGAGACCUUAUUGAAUCCCACUUUCCAGCAUGUGACGCAUAGUUUUGAAUGUGACCACAUUUCAAGGGCUUAUCCAUGUAUGCUUGAAAGGUUAUGAGAUCUUCCUCUUCUCCCACUCUUCUAGGUGAUUUUCACCACCCUCUGGGUGAAAUAAUGUUUCCUCAAAAUCCCUCCGAACCUCCUGUCUUUCACUUUAAAAUUAUGCCCCUUGUUUUUGUCCCCUUUGAUAGCUGCUUUCUAUCAUCCUGUCCAUGCUCCUCAUAAUAAUAUCCACCUCAAUCAGGUCCUCCAUCAGACUUUGCUGCAAUAAAGAAAACAACCUGAGCUUAUCCAGCCUCUCUUCAUUGUUAAAAUGCUCCAAACCUGAUGACAUCUUGUUGAAUCUCGUCUGCAUCCCCUCCAGUGCAAUCACAUCCUUCCUAUAAUGUGCUGAUCUGAACGGCACACAGUACUCAUGCUGUGGCCUAACCAAAGUUUUGCACAGCUUCAACAUUAUAUCCUUAUUCUUCCAAUCAAAGCCACAACUGAUAAAAGCAAGUGUCCACUAUGCCUUAUUAACUAUCCUAAUAACCUGUCCUUCAACCUUUGUGGCUUUGUGGACAAGAACUCCAAAUUCUUCUGUUCCUCUGAACUUCUUAGCUUCUGAGUAUGCUGCCUUUCAUUGAGUCGUGAGUGUGUUGCUGGGAAAGCACGGCAGGUCAGGCAGCAUCCGAGGAGCAGGAGAAUCGAUGUUU